CGUUUCCUUGGAAACAAGUUGUUGUCAAGAAGUUCAGUGUUUCUCGUGUGUGUUUUUUGCCUGUUUUUGGUCAGUUUCUCGUUAACUUGAGGAGAGUUUUUUGAUACCGAACCCAGGUAAACAGUUUAUGAAGGUAAAAACCUGAACGCCAGACUCAAAUGCAUCCACGGGCUUGCCACAGAAGUGUAUUAUCCACGACUGGAUGGGAAAAGAAACAGUAUAUUUGGACAUAAAUGAUAGGCCUGUAUAAUAUGGGAAAUUUGGAGCACAACGUUGUUGUUGUUUAUUAACACAUACACAUGUUUCUUUAUGUAAGGUAAAUAAUCAUGAUGGUCUCUUACAGGUGUUAAUAUGUAUGGACCUCCCGUGGAUUUAUCUUUUAAAAACAUCGCCAGUUUGUCAGGUAUAAACCUUUUUCUCUGUCAUAUUACUCUAAGGCUUUUAUUCUUUGUGAUAUUUCAUUAGCCUACCUUUACCUUUGGGCACAAUAUGCUUGCAGUACUAAAUGGGCUAACCUUCCAGAAACAUUCCCAGCGUUAAUGGUUUCUGGUAACUUUUUGCACACAGGCAAUGAAUAUUUUUCUGUAAAAAAAAUAAAUGAACAAAAAAAUUUGGAUGCCGUCUGCCUCCUCACUGGGUGAAGCCACCCCAAGAACAGCACCCUCUGGUGACGGACUGCAGUAUUGGUCAUAAAUUCCAGCAAUUCCUAUGGAGCUGUGGACAAACUUUAGAAAUGUAUAACACAGAACAUAAUUUUUUCUCUCCCCUGCUUGCAGUGUUGACAUGUAGUUAUUGUAAGACUGGUUUGUGCUCAAGUCCUCUUUUUUCUGUGAAGCUCCGUUUUUAAAAGUUAUUAGGGGGUUCAUGUUUUCUAUUAUUGACACCUGAUACAGCCUAUUGGUGUACAAGGAUUGCGUAGCUCACCGGGGGAUACGCUGUUUGAGCUGAGCAUCAUCACAGUGACUCUCGGCAACUCUCCCGCCGAAUGUGCACAUUGCUACUGCGCAAGUGGUUAAGUGCGUACAACGCUACUGCGCAAUGUUGGUUUCAGGAAAUGGAGAGAAACAAGGAAUUACCAAGAGCUUUUUGUCGUCAAAUCUGUACACUGGCGGAAGGCGGAACCAAGUUGUCCAUAGUAUAUACAGUCUAUGGGUCCAACACAUCAUAAAUAAUUUAACUGUCAAAUAUCAUGUCUUAUAAUCCUGAUACCUGGUGAGAAGGUCCUAGUUUAGCCAGCUGGUAAUUUAAUAUAUUAACUUGAAUGAACUAUAACAUAAAGUUGAACUUAUUAACGACUGUUUAACAUGAUACCUGUAUCUUAAUUCCAGAUGCAUGGACAGAGGAACCAAAUAGGGGUUUACGACCUCCAAAGAGAAACCAUGAGAUGAAGUAUGAAAGCCGCUCCCUUCGUCUUAGUAACAACAUCAUCACUGAUCUUCAUGACCUCCCAAUGACUGUCAGUCACUUCCUGGUUAAGCCCUCUCUGCUUGCCUGGUUGGAUCUUUCCUUUAAUAAAAUCUCCUGCAUAAAUCAAGUAAGCUUCCUCCUUCCACAGCUUGUUUAGUGUCUUUUUACAGUCUCAGUAAACCUGUAGUAUGUUUGUGUGCUUAUCUACCAGGUUUUGUGCGAGCUGCGAGAACUGCGUGUACUGUAUCUUCACGGCAACAGCAUUUUCGUUCUGUCAGAGGUGGAGCGGCUUGGGAUGCUCCCAUAUCUACACACCAUCACACUGCAUGGAAAUGUCAUAGAAACCAACAAGACAUACAGGUGGGGAGUUACAAAUUUGCCCCAGACACACUCAUCUUUUGCUGUUAAAUGAUUGUAUGUGAGAUACUCCCCUUUGGGACCAAAACCAAAACAGUGAAUAAAAAUUAACAUCUAAAACUGUAAGCUCCUAGCAUAACUCUAAAACAGCAAGGAAUUUGACAAGUAGCAGAGGAAAUUAACACACUAUCAGAACCACAACCUGUCAUCCAUUUGCCAUGUGUAUAAUGAGGGUCCAGUCUCAUCUUGCAUGGAGUGAUUUGACAUUGAGAGUUUGUGUCAAUGGUAGGUAUGAAUGUUUGGCAAGCCUACUGGUGGAUAACACUGCAACAGAUGUUUAAAUAUAGAAAAAGCUCAUAUUACAUAUCCUAGUCUGUCUAGCAGCACUGAAUACGAACUCACACUGGAAACCACACACACACUUAAGAAAAAAUGCCAGUCUUAUCCACUGACUUGACCCAUCAUUAACCAUUGAAGAUGAACUAGCUCCAAAGAUUUUGUUUACAAAAAGCAGUGGAUAUUUAAGACUUUUCCCAUACUCAACAUGUGUAUGUGUACAACAUUCUUUUAAAAUAUCUAUUGAUUUAGGUUGAAUAUUUUUUGUACACCCAGGAAUCAUGUGAUUUCUGCUCUGCCUGGACUGAAAACAAUGGACUUCAGUGCUGUAACACACCAGGAACGUGAACUGGCAAAAAUUUGGCAUAAAAGCAAAAGUAGCAGCAGUGGAAAAAAGGAGACCCUCCAGUGACAGCUUGCUUAUCUCCAUCAGGGUAAAUUCGAGCCACAAAGUUACCCCCUAUGCUCUGUGUACAACUUUCACUCCAGUGAUUCUGAAAGUUUUUGUGUUUGCCCAGGUAAAAUCAUCUGUUAGUAAUGUGAUAUUUUACUCCAGUUUUUCUGAAAUGGAACAAAUUCUUCAUGGAUUGUCCUAAAAUACGUAGCAUGUAAGUCAGCUGAAUUUGCUCAAUUUUUAAAAUUAGACAAGUCAACCAAUGACUAUUACUUUUAACUUGCUGUGUAUCAUUCCUGUACUGAUUAUUUUUCAGAUAUGAGUUUCUAUGUGGUUAUGUGAUGACAAACAACUGCUUAUGUUGAAAAUCUUUAAUGAAUUAAUUAAACCAAAUGACAAACAAAAAAUAAACGCAAAUCUUAAAA